AUGUCUCCCACCCUCUUCGCACGCAAAAACCUCGGCGCCGACGCCCCUCCCAUCCCCACCGACCCAACCGCCACAGCCCUCAUCGUAGUCUUCACCAUAUUUGUUGUUAUCGUACUCGCCGCCGGUGUGAUAGCAUAUCUCCGCCGCCGCGCCCGACACCCGCCCGCCCAGGCCGAGAUAUGCCAGCCAGGGAAGCGCAACCCACGCGCACCUCCCAACCGCCAGACCUCCGCGCUGCUGCACCCCGACCUCACGCGCCAGAAUCCCGACACGGAAACCGCAGCUGAGAAGGCGAGAAGCAGUCCCGACAUGUUCAGCCCCCCUGGCAGGGAGCGGAGCCACAGCGCGAGCGACCUGAGAAUUUGUGUGCCUGAACCGGAGACCUUGCCUAGAAGCGAGCGACGGCGGUCGUCAAGCACGCAGCGGCUCCUUCCGCUGGAUAUCCUGCCGGUACCUGCGAGGACGGUGCAGGAGGAGCGCUGGGGUGAAAAUAGAAGCAGAAGCAGUAGCGGCAGUAGCAACAGCGGAAGCGGUCUCGAUAGUGAGGACGUGGACCGGCUAGUCGCCGAGGCCAACGGCUCGGAAGCCUCGGCGGUGACGGUGACGCGCCAUCUGCGGAAUACGCCAGCCACCUCCUUGUUGACUCCCUCAAUUGGAACGCGCAAGAGCGGCGGUAAGGGUGGUGGGAGAUACUAUCCCAUCAGUAUGGAGGUUCAGGAGACGGACGUAGGUAGCCUAAAAGGGCUAAAGAAGGAGGAUAUGAGGAGACUGGCUUCGUUGAGGGACAGCGGACUGUUUCCUGCUUAG